GGAUCCUUGGCUGUGGCAUUGUUCUGCGGUCCGUCUUGUAUCUCUCCGCGCUCUGACAGACCGAGCCAGGUGGGGACACGCUGCGUACAUCCGCUCUGCUGCCAGUUCUGUUCAGUAAGAUAUUUUUGUUAAUUUGACCAACAAAAAAGGAAAAAUGAUGGAAGCUGUGUUGAUUGAUAUGUUUAGCAUAGAGUUUAAUACUCAUUUUCGGCACAUCAAUCAAUUUUUGGCCAAGGCAAUGAAACUGGUUGCGGAAAAGACUGUUGUCUCCUCUGAUCCUGCUGUUUAUAUCAUGUACUGUCAGACAUUUGGAUGUGAUAGUAAUGAUGCCAGAGAAAUGUUCUUGCGAGCCAUCAGGUCUUUUCAAGCUCUGAAGAAGCGUAUCGAACUGGUAAGCGGUGCUAGCGUAGCUGCCACGUUGUAUAAUGUGAAACAAAAACUAGAUGAACGGAAUGUUAGAAGAGUCAACGUGAUCUUGCCUUUUGAAAGGUCUUGUCUAAUGAAGGCCUUCAUUGACCGUCUAUUUACCCAAGUCUACUACUUUGAGUAUGAUUCCUUGGACCUGAGUUACGGAGAUGAUCAGACAGAGAAACCUGCCAACACUCACAGUGGGGUUCUUAAUCUUACAGAAAAGCAACUUGAAUUAGUCGAGAGUGAUAUCCAAAUAUAUUUACAAAGCAUUCCUGCCAAAGGGGAACUGACAAUAUUAAAAUCAUCAUUAAUACCUGAAAGCGUGUUCCUCCACGGAUUUACUACACGAUACGGUGGAAUAUCAUACAUUCCACUGCUCUCCUCCUUGAACCUUUACAGCAGCGACAAGAGGCAUGAUUCGACUGCAGUUGUUGCGGAGAACCUUCGCCGUCUAGCCAGAGCUGUGGGGUUUAAUCCAAAGAACUUUCACCUUGUCAAGGCUGCACAUGCCAAUGAUGUUUGGAUCAUGGGAAAGAAAGAACCUGACAGCUAUGAUGGGAUAGUAACCAAUCAGAAAGGUGUCACAAUAGCAGCUCCUGGUGCAGACUGUAUACCUUUGCUUUUUUCCGAUCCAGUUAAAAAAGUAUUUGGCGCUGCUCACUCAGGUUGGAGAGGAACCUUAAUGGGUGUAGCAAUGGCCACAGUAAACGCUAUGGUGUCUGAAUAUGGAUGUAGUAUGAAAGACAUACAGGUGGUUCUCGGGCCUUCGGUGGGACCGUGCUGCUUUACUCUUCCCCAGCAAGAUGCCAAAGCAUUUCACGAUAUCCAUCCACAGUGUGUUAGGCAGAUUGAAUCACCCAGCCCUCAUGUUGAUAUACGAAGAGCAACCAAAAUUCUAUUAGACCAUGGUGGGAUUCUUCCAAGUAACAUCCAGGAUGACCUUAUGCUGUGCACGUGCUGUAAUCCAGAUCUAUUUUUCUCACAUAAACGAGAUGGUGAUACUUUUGGAACCCAAAUUGGAUUCAUUUCCACUAGGAAUUAAAAUUGACAUUUUUUGGUGUUGGAACUUUUUGUAUUACAUCCUCAUGCUUUUUUUUUGUUUGUUUCUAAUUUUUUUUUCAGGUUUAUUUAUUGACAUAUUCAGUGCCUUUUGCACCCUGUGUUUUGAAGUAAUUUUUGUUUUGUUUUCAGUUGUGUUUUGAACAAUUUU